UCGGGCCUCUCGAAAGGCCGCAUCCUGUGUAUCCGAUCACGACAGCGGCUUCGUGGCAACGGGGGAUGGUUGACUGUGCUUCGAUGCUUUUUCUUGUACUGCUCAUCUAGUUCUGAAAACUAUCCAAGGCCUAGAGUCUAUGUAACCUCUGAUCUGACACUAGAGCCUCGUAACCGACAGCAACCCGACAAGCGCGAAAACCGUUGACUUGUUCAUACUAUCGACUCAGCUUGAUCUCAUCUAAGAUUAGUUCUCUAAACUUCUUCAUUCUCUAAGUUUUACCACGAUUAUACGUAGCUAAGAGUCUACACUCCUGACAAAAUCUGUCGGACUGUCUCAAAGUCAGGACUAGGUGUGACAACAACAUGUCUGAGGCCAUGGCGCUAAACAGCCGUCAAUCUGCCUGACAAGUGCAGCUAUUUUCGUCGAUAUGCCUUGCCUUGCAGUUCGCCUUACUUUUACGUUUUACACUUUCGCCUCACCGAAGUGCACGCUAGUUCUCUAUAGAACUGAAGCAGUUGCAGAGCGUUAUGCUACCUACAUAAGUACUUUGGCUCGCCCACUGCCAGCGGCGGUCAAGUGCAACAUCUUGAUAAGUUCACAGCGCAUGUACAUUUUCUCACGAACACAUCAGUGAGAUGGCAAGGUCAGCCAUGACAACCACUUCAGAAUUGACAUUCCCGGUUAGCCCCGAGUUCGACCCAAAGGAGCGAAUUCUGGAUCACUUUAGAGUGAUGCGAAAGUUCAAGGGUAUCUUUGACGACACAGAGAAAGCCGGCGCAAACGAGGCUCUUUACCCAGCACCUCCGCCCGGCGAUUUAGGACUGGAAAAGAACGCUGGGUGGAGAGCACAAUGCCUUUUGAUGAGCGCCGAAAUCCGCUACCCGAUGUAUUUGCAACUUUUAGAAAAAUGGGUAACCGCUCACGGCACUGCAACUAAGGAUGAGUGGCCGCUCCCACCAUGGGACGUGGCCAUCAUAUUCUAUGCGCAUCUUCUUUCACCAUUCAACUUUCAGCGCGACAUAGAAUCAAAUUUCCCAAAGCUCUGGCAGGCAGAGAUUGAAUUUCCAUUGGCAAGGAUGGCAUCGUCCAACACAGACGAGGCCAGCAAACGCGCAUGGAUGAAAGAGUACCCCAAAAUUCCUUACGAUAUCAUCGCGUUCCGUGAUGGAGGCAGCCAAACAUACGUUACUUCGAAGAACAACAUGGACAUACAAGGCUACAUAUGCCGCUCAUGGAGGUGCAACAAGAAAAAGACCUAUGCGAUCCCCAUGGCAGACUGGGCCAGAUACAGAGUCGCACAGACUAGCCUCACAUGUCCAGGCUGUAGAACGAGCUUCUCUAGAUAUGGACGCAAUCUGCAAGACAGGGUGGUGCGGUAUUCCCGCGAGGAGUUUGGAUACCCAGUCUUCAACUUAUGGGAGAGCCCACAACGACAGUUUUGCAAGUCAGGCUUUGUGGACCGCAUCCUAGACUUAGACGAAACUUAUAUCCUGGCGCCAUCUACCGUCUCCCGCUACCUGAACUUCUUGCAGCUCAUGAAGGAGAAGCAAUCCAUACUGGUACCGACGCUCGACAUUGACCUUUUCUGGCACACCCACCAACUCUCGCCGGCUGCCUACCACGCCUACUGCAAGAGGCACAUAGGACAGCGCAUUAACCAUGAUGACACAAUCCGCACGGGGAUGCGUUCUACGGCACAAGACAUGACGGCCCAUCUCUGGACCAUGAAAUACAACGAGUCAUACUUUGCUCCGGGAAAUGAUGCGAAAAUGGCUGAUAUCCAACAGCAAAGGGAUGCAUGCAAGCAGAAGAAGCUCGACAAUGUAAAGGCGCUGGCCGCUUUCGACAAAAACAACAAGCAUAUAAAAGAUGCGCUAGACAACGCCUACAGCAGCAUAGUGCAAGAAGAAUCUGAAUUGCGUAAGGUACGAGGAACGGCACGCGCUAUACAAUCGGAACUUACUGCCGCCGAGGAAGCCCGAGAUGCCGUCAAACCGACAAUACGACUGUUUAAGCGGCGUUACUACCGUGGGCUACUGCGAUUCCAGGUGCAACGGCACGAGGGUACGUGCCGUCGGCUGAAGGAAGACUAUAGACUCAGGCAGCAGGAGAUUGAGAGGCUCGAUAAUAUCAUCUGGGAUUCCACACUUCCAGAACAAGAACGCUGCCAGAAGGAGUGGGAGGUCGUGAAGGAGAGACGAGGUACGUUGGAAAAGUCGCUUCAGGCCAGUUUGGAUCGAGAGACAUUGGCCAUUGGACAUCCCAAAGACCCCAAAGAUCGGUAUAACGGAUCAUGGUGUUCUAUCGUGCCAUCCGAGGUGCAGCACAAUAAUUUCCCCAUUAUGAGCCCAAGCCACAUGCACACGCAUGCUGGUCACAGUUCUGGCGGAGAUGGAGGUGCUUUUGGUUUUGGUUGUGGUUUUGGCUGUGGAACUGGCUGCGGGAGUGGAUGUGGUGGAGGCUGUGGGGGAGGCUGUGGGGGAGGCUGUGGCGGAGGUUGUGGUGGUGGUUGUGGGGGCGGUGGGUGUGGAGGAGGUAGUUAAGCCGCGUUUGUUCGUUGCGAUUCUGACGAUUUACCAUGCUAUUUAUGCCUGAAACGUAGUAAUAUCUUUAUUGGCAAAUUUGUACACAGAUUUUACAGAAUAGCUAUUGCUGUGUUCCAUUGUUCAUGUCUAAGGCCGCGGGUGCUAACGCUGUGGUUGAGUUCGUGUCUGUUCAAUUGGAUGUUGUAAAGGGGCGUCACGUGAGGACGCCUUCACGUGCAGGAUUGUUGGG